GGCGCCUAAAAUGGAGGCUUUGGCGUCUGCUACUUUUGGUCCUAUUUUGAAAGUGGUUGAUAAAACUUUACCUUUUCCCUCUUCUCCUCCUCCUGCUUUUACUUACGUUAUAGCCUAGGCAGUUUUAUUAUUAAGUGAUUUCUGUUACACUUAUGCCAAACCCAAUAAAUUUUUCUGAUCUUUCUCUUAAUUUAUCUGUCCUCCUUAAUUCCAAAAGCAGCCAAAAAUCAGCAGUUUUAUCUCCUGUCUUUGGGUAACUCUUCCUGCUUUUUCUCCUUUUCAGCAUCUGUUAGCUUUUACUCUCAGCUUCUCUGCUCAAAGGCUAUAUUUCAGCAAAAUUAAUAUUAUGGGAAAGAACAAGUGGACUAGGCAUGUUGAUCAUGAAGAUGAGAAUAUACAUCCAGGUUGCAUGUGGGGACUCAUACAUGCCUUUGGCUACCAUAGUUGGCACUCUCGUGUAAAGAGGAAAUCUCUGCCCAGAAUCGCAAGCGAUCGUCUUUCCAAAGAAAAAUUGGUUGUCCAAGAUCCCAGUGAACUAAAUAUGUUUUUGGAUGACAAUGAAAGUCAGUUCUUGGUUGAUAAGAGCACCAGAAAAUCAGGGUUGCCCAACAAAAGGUCUCUAAAGGCUAAAAUAAAAGCUUUAAUUGCUGAGGAGAUGCAUAAGGAAAAAAAGAAGUCCAAUCAGAAGAAAUCAGGCUAUUCUAACCAACCUAAGUUCCAGAGAACUUGUUCAAUUCAUCAUUAUGAACCAACCGAAAAUGACCUAAGCGAAAUAUGCAGCAACAAGAAUGUGGAGAAUGGAGCCACUGGCUCACUAGAUAAGAAACAGAUCAAGGCCAUAGACGGAUAUGAUACUUCCAUUGAUAAGAAUGCUUUAAAAUCUCAACUUAAAGAUCAUGCAGAAUUAUUUUUGGAAAUUUUAAAGGAAACAGAAGUAGGAUAUCAGAAUUUAUCCAACGGUCAUUUGGCUUCAAAGAAAAAGGCAAGAUUAACUAAGUCAGGAUCAUACCCUGUGUCUCAUUUUUCACAAAGAACAAACUUCAAACCAAGUAAGCUUGAGGACAAGAAGAGUGAAGUUUGGUCUUUUGCAAAAGGGGAAAGAUUGACAAGUGGUGCUCGAUCAAGAUCUUUGUCGAAUUAUGCAAAGACUCUCUUCACAAGUUUAGGGCUCCUGGAUGACGAUGGUGGAAACGUGAAGCUAGAGAAGUCGUCGAGCUUUGCCUGCCACAGUAUCAAGGGAGCAGUUGAUAAUAAAGAAAAUAAUGAAGAGCUCGUCGAUGUAGAAGAAGUAAAUAAGCAUGGCUCUACUUAUGAAUUGUUUGAAGAUUUGAAUGGAGACCUUCAUGAAGAGUAUAAGGUGGGAACAGACAAUGAAAGUAAGUCCAAUAGUUGUUGUGAAAUUGAUGGAUUUGAUAUUAGAAAAACUACGAUCAUGCACAGGAGAAGUUCCUCUCUAAAUGAGUCCAUGGAUAGAUAUAGCAAAUUAUUGGAACAUAGUUUUAAAAAGGAAGUGAGCUUGAAUCCCUCCAGGAGUUUGAAAUUGACUAGUGAAUACGAGAUAUCAUCGAUGCCAUUCAGAAGGAUCCGUUCUCUAUCGAAUGGGAUUCCUGGUGAUGCCCAAUUUUCACAAUGGCUAAUUAGGACUUUAGAGGAGACAAACUCACAUAUCAGAGCUGAAACUGAGAGAGAAGAGAAGUCGAUUCAUAAUCCUUCUAUCAGCUACGUCACUGAAGAUACUGAAAACAAAGUAGAAAGAAGUGAGGAUAUUCAGACAGUAGAAACUACAACAAGCUUAAAAACAAAGACAAAUGAGGAAGGUAAUGCUGAAGUCGAAGACCUUUCGGAGAACAUUAAUGAUGUAACAGUGUUCAAAGGAGACUCUCAUGAAGAACAAGAGAUGAAAUGCACUAAAUCAAUCCUAAGUGAUAUGCUUCCAGAUUCUGAAAUUUCCAGCUGUGAAGAGUUCCAAAUUUCAGAAGGUUUGGUUCUUAAACACAAUGUUGAUGUUGAUGUUGAUACUCUUGUAAAAGCAGAUCGUCACAAUAAAUCCUACAAAAAGGAAAAUGCAGACUUGUUUUAUGUGAGGGAGAUUCUUGAGCAUUCGGGUUUCUCAAGCAAUUUCUGUAAGACAACAUGGUAUUCAGCUACUCAAGUAUUAAACCCUUCAAUAGUUCAGGAACUAGAGUCCUUUUGGCACCAAGAACAAGAGUACUGCUGUGUAGAUAACUUCUACUUCUGCUGUCAUCAUCAGCUACUAUUUGAUUUGGUUAAUGAGGUUUUAGUUCAAAUAUAUGACAGAUCAUUCACAUACUACCCUAAGGCCUUAUCCUAUAGUUGUCGUGUUCGCGCAUUGCCAGAAAAUCGAAUGGUUGAAGAAGUAUGCAAAAAUGUAGAUACCUUGUUAAGGUUGAAACCAGAGCAAGAAUCAAUCGAUGCCAUUGUAGAUCGAGAUUUGAAAAAGGAUGAUGGUUGGAUGAACCUCCAGUUAGAAAGUGAAUGUCUAGCACUUGAAUUAGAGGACAUGAUCUUCAAUGAUCUUAUGGAAGAACUUAGCUGUCCUUGAGUUUGUAGAGUUACCUGUUGUUCGUAUUCUGUAAUUCAUCAUCAUUAAUUUUUGUCAUGAAUUUUGGUUUUGCUCAAUGUAUAUAUUUAAACGAUUGAUAUGUUCAGUUCA